AUUUUUCAAUAACAUAACUUGGAUUCUAUCCUUCGAGCACGGACAAUUUCCGCAAUAAUUAUAGAAAAGGUUUGCUUUUUACUUUUCAUUUAUAAUAGACGACUAUUACUUUGCAAUUUCUUUGGAAAAGUUCUCAAAGAUCUAGUGUAGGUAGUAUUCUACAAUUAUCUGUCGUGGUUUGUGUCUGAACUACUUGAUUCUUGAAAAAGAUAUCUCACCCGUGGUGGUCCAGUGUAGGUAGUAUUCUACAAUAAUCUGACCAUCUGUCGUGGUUUGUGUCCGAACUAUCUGAAAAAGAUAUCUCAAACGUGGUGGUCCAGUGUAGGUAGUAUUCUACAAUAAGCUGUCGUGGUUUGUGUCUGAACUACCUGAAAAAGAUAUCUCAAACGUGGUGGUCCAGUGUAGGUAGUAUUCUACAAUAAGCUGUCGUGGUUUGUGUCUGAACUACCUGAAAAAGAUAUCUCAAACGUGGGGGUUCCGUGUAUAGGAAAUAAGCUGUCGUUGAAGAAACCUAAUUACCUAAACGAAACUAACUUUAUUUAUACUGGAUAAUUCUAUCAAUUCUAAACUGUUCUUCCUAUAUAGAGGUUUGACCUCACCAGUUUGCUUUUUGGAGUGUUAAUGGUUUGGCCAUUUUAAUUUAACAGAAUAUUGAUUUCAAAGAAUUUGUGUCUGCAUCAAGUAUACGGAUUUUGAUUAGACGAUAUCGCGCAACAGGACAACCGUUUAUCUCGAAGCGUUAUCGAUCUAAACGUCUCGUUGAUUUGCACAGCUGCUAGUAUACUUGUAGUGCGCUUUUGAUUUUGAACAAAUAAAAUAUUCUAUUAUCCAAUUUCCAUGUAAGUUAUGUCUUACGACGAGUUUGGCCAUCUCAUGACUCGAACUGAUUGUUGACGAGAUUCGUGGAUGGAAAUUAUCGAGUUAAAUUUUUAUACCUUUUAUAUUAGACCAUGCAGUGACCAGAGCAGUUGCGAUAAAUACAACUACAGGGUGUAUAAAAAAAAAAACGGAGUCCUCACAUGAAGUGUGAAUUUCAAAGCGAAUAUGAAAGUUAGACGUUUACACUUGCAUUCUUUCGAAAUCGCGAUCUUUCGGCUAUUUUAUAUACUUUAUUUUAUAAAAUUUGGAAUUAUUGCUGGCGAGCCGUGUCAAUUUAAGUAAGUGCAACUGGAAAAUUAAAAAAGUAGAUGCUGCUACAUUUUGCCUAAAAGUAGCCAAGUAGUCGACUACUUUUCAAACAGCGAAUCUCUAUUCGCUAUUUUUUAAAAUUGUUAGCAACUUGAUGGAAUAGUAUGAUAUUGAGACACGGUUUGCUUAAAAUCAAUACUCAAUAGUCAAUUUGCACUCUUGAACACUGUCUGUAGUGCUUACAAAAAUGUUGCUUUGUGUUUACUGUUGCUACUCGUAAGUGGAUUUGUUAUAGGUUAUAUUACAGCCUGAGUUAGUAGAUGCUCCAAAUACAGUAAAACUAAAAAAUAUAGCGUAGCGAAAUAGCGAAAUAAUUCUCUACAUUUUUAAGCAGUGGCUGUAGUCAGUAGCGAACUACCUUUGUUCAAAAGUACCAGUAGUUGUAGAUGACUACAUAUUUUUGAAGUAGCUGUAGUUAUAGCGAACUACAAAAAUUUUGUAGUCAACCCACCCUUGGCUCUAACCAACUGAGCUACAGAGAGACCGUUGACGUUGUCGAGCUCUAACGAACUGAGCUACAGAGAGACAGUUUUCGAGCUCUAACCAACUGAGCUACAGAGAGACAGUUGUCGAGCUCUAACCAACUGAGCUACAGAGAGACAGUUGUCGAGCUCUAACCAACUGAGCUACAGAGAGACAACUGUCGAGCUCUAACCAACUGAGCCACAGAGAGACAGUUGUCGAGCUCUAACCAACUGAGCUACAGAGAGACAGUUGUCGAGUUCUAACCAACUGAGCUACAGAGAGACAGUUGUCGAGCUCUAACCAACUGAGCUACAGAGAGACAGUUGUCGAGCUCUAACCAACUGAGCUACAGAGAGACAGUUGUCGAACUCUAACCAACUGAGCUACAGAGAGACAGUUGUCGAGUUCUAACCAACUGAGCUACAGAGAGACCGUUGUCGAGCUCUAACCAACUGAGCUACAGAGAGACAGUUGUCGAGUUCUAACGAACUGAGCUACAGAGAGACAGUUGUCGAGAUCUAACCAACUGAGCUACAACCUUGACAACCUUGUAACAACUUGAUGAAACAAUAGCAUUGUCACAACUUGUUGACAAGCUUGCUUCAAGUCUGUUGCGAACACAUCUUGUUGACAAGUUGCGAGAUUUUUACGCGGUAUGUAGACCUAAAUUUCAAAUACUGAAAGCUAAUUUCUCUUUCUGUUUUUAGAAAUCGCCCAACGAUCAAGCCUUUUGCCUUCGGAAUUUGGCGCUGACAUAAAAUAGCGAGCCUCAGUAUGGCAAAUUACACAGAGAUUCCCAACUCGAUCAAUAUCUCGUUGCAAAACAACACAAAUCUCAAUCCUGGAGAAAAUGCUACGGCAGAGGACUCCCUAAUUGUGGUGAAAUUAGCAUGCCUCAGCGCAAUUAGCUUAAUUGGCGUAAUUGGGAACGUCUUAAUCUGUGCUACAUUGAUUGGACACCAUCGAAAAACAAGCGAGAUGUUUAUAUUGAAUCUCGCCAUAACAGAUCUUCUAGUCUGCGGGGUUGGUAUCCCCUUGGAUAUUUACCAAGAACUUCAUGUGCUAUUUCCAUACGGUCCCGUGCUAUGCAAAGUAGUAUGGCCGUCGCAAACGCUUUUGGUGCUGGUUUCGAUCUUAACCCUAACUGCGAUGGCAUUGGAACGGUAUCGGGCCAUAAUCAGUCCUCUUAAACCCAAGCCAAAAAAGCAAGGUAUCCUCAAAUGUAUCGCUAUAAUCUGGCUGCUUGGUCUGGCCGUGGUCAUGCCUUAUAUAAACGCGUUGACAUAUGCAGAUGGAAACUGCGACGAAAUAUGGCCCAACCCAAGAGACCCCGAUUAUUACACGCUCGUGCUGUUCGUUAUAGAUUAUUGCAUACCGCUAACGAUAAUUAGCUAUUGUUACAUCAGAGUCGGAGUGAAACUGUACAAAAGCAACCUGCAGUUUAGCGCAAGCCCGGCACGGAAAAGCGGCCUGAAUUCCGACGCGCAACGGAUACGGCUCAAACGAAACACCCGCAUCAUUAAAGUGUUUAGCUUUGCGGUCGUAAUGUUCGUCAUUUGCAUGCUACCGGGAGACAUAUACUGGUUGUAUAAAUCCUGGGGAGAAUCUGAAAUUCCAUACGAGAACCAUUUCAGUACUUUUGCAAAUAUUCUCGUCUACGCGAAUUCUAUGAUCAAUCCGUUUAUAUUCGGGACCUGUAAUAUACAGUGUUUGGAAUCCAUAUUUCUGCGUACGAAGCAGCAAAACAGUUCCUAUACGCUAAGGUUUUCGUUUACAAGUUCUUUUAGAAGGCGGGGCAGCAAAAGUUCUGCGGCGGCUAAUCAGUGGAGGCGUGUGGCUCGGAGAGUCAGGAACAAGGAAUUCAAGGCAACGGUUGUUUAUGAAACUAACGUCUGACGGAAUUUGUAAUUUAGCAUUAUAUAUAUACGCACGUAAAAACGCACAAGUUGUAACAAACUUACGGCAGACUUGUAGCAAUGCUGUUCCAACAACUUGUCAACAGGAUUAUAUCAUGACUGUAUCAGACUUGUUAGAACAACCUUGUAACAUUGUUGUUAUAUUAUGACUGUAUCACACUUGUUAGAACAACCUUGUAACAUUCUUGUUAUAUCAUGUCUGUAUCAGACUUGUUAGAACAACCUUGUAACAUUCUUGUUAUAUCAUGAUUGUAUCAGACUUGUUAGAACAACCUUGUAACAUUCUUGUUAUAUCAUGACUGUAUCAGACUUAUUAGAACAACCUUGUAACAUUCUUGUUAUAUCAUGACUGUAUCAGACUUGUUAGAACAACCUUGUAACAUUCUUGUUAUAUCAUGACUGUAUCAGACUUGUUAGAACAACCUUGUAACAUUCUUGUUAUAUCAUGAUUGUAUCAGACUUGUUAGAACAACCUUGUAACUUUGGUUACAAGGUUGUUCUAACAAGUCUGAUACAGUCAUGAUAUAACAAGAAUGUUACAAGGUUGACAAUACAAGGUUGUAACAAUAUGGUUAUAUCAGGACUGUAUCAGACUUGUUGGAACAACCUUGCGACAUGUCUUGGUAAAAGUGAUCCAUGUUUUUAUGUAAAGUGUAUACAGCUAAUUCAAAAAAAAGGUUUUCCUUCAAAAAUCUCAAAAGAGUGAUGAGUAACUUUUUUCUAGGGCUUUUGAUUGGACAAAUAAUCCUAGUACACAGCUAGUUGUACAUCUUAAGUGCUUAUUAUGUCUUGUCAUAGUUACGAUGCAAAAUUCACACGUUUUAGGCCUUAAGUCAGAUGUUACCCAUCACACCUUGCACGCUUGGAGUUUAAGGUUUGAGAUUUUUGAAGGGCGACCGUUUUUGAAAGAGCUCUAUACGUAGUAUAUAUUAUUAGUGUCAAAAUAUAGCUUUAAAUGCCCUCACAAGUCUCUAUAAUAACUCAUUGUAAUGUCAGUGUGAAAUCGCAAAGUCACAGGUUCGAUUCCGACGGUGAACCCAUCGGUUUGUAAACACAAUUGAAUCAAAUUUUAUGCAUGGGAAGUUAUUUAAAAGUUUUUGGUGUUGUUCAACAUAUGAAUAUGUGCU